CCGUAAACAUGGGGUGUUUGGGUUCCAAUCUGAAUCCAAACUGAAAGAGUCAAAGACUACUCUUCACCGAGUCACAACUCAGAAUGAUUGGAUCGCUAUCCCAUGGGUUGUACCGCCACCGCCUAUUAACAUCAAAACUUCGCCGUUUGCGCUGCUAUUUGCCUUCUCUCUCACGCUCACUUCAAUUUCCUUCUUUUCUCAAUCCAAGUAUUUCCAUAAUACAUAACCUUUAUUCUUCAGAGCUCAGAAAGAGGAACAGAGACUGGUUCAAUCAUGGCUGAUCACCACCACGACGAUUUAGAUGAACUCCUUGACAGUGCCCUUGAUGAUUUCCAGGGUCUCAACCUCGCUCCUUCCUCUCAAAGAAGCGGAGGAAGGGAUGGUAAUGAGGAUAGCAAGCAAAAAGAAUCAUCUCCUUCAUUGCCAACGGGGAUUCAAGGGUUGGUUAUGGGAUUACCUGACUUGAAAAGCAAGAAAAAGGGAAAGAAAAAGGUUAAAAAGGAGUCCCAUGUUGCAGAGGCGCUUGAUCAGCUUAGGGAGCAGACUAGGGAGGCUGUUAAGGGAUUGGAGUCUGUCACAGGUCCGAAACCAGAUGAUUUUAGUAAGGAUGCAAUGAUGGAGGAUUGGGUUAAGCAGUUUGAGGAGCUUGCUGGCUCUCGGGACAUGGAAUCAAUUGUAGAGACCAUGAUGCAACAACUUUUGUCGAAGGAUAUUCUUCAUGAACCCAUGAAGGAAAUUGGAGAAAGAUAUCCAAAAUGGCUGGAAGAGCACAAAGCUGGUUUGACUGCAGAAGAAUAUGAGCGUUACUCUCAUCAAUAUGAACUCAUCAACCACCUUAAUGAAGUUUAUGAGAAUGAACCUAACAAUUUUACCAAGAUUUUUGAUCUCAUGCAGAAAAUGCAAGAAUGUGGCCAACCGCCUAAUGAUAUUGUGCAAGAGCUUGCUCCUGAUAUUGAUUUUGCUAAUCUUGGUCAAAUAUCUCCAGAGAUGCUCGAGUCCCAGUCAAAUUGUUGCAUAAUGUAAGACGACAACUCCCUCUCAUUUUCUGUCCUCAUUGAACAUUUCCCUUUGUCCCGUAGGUGCCUUUCAUUUUUCCGAAAUGGGAUUGUGAUAGAUGAAGUAGUGCACUUAAAUUAUUGUUAUUUUUAUCUUGUCAUUCCCUAAAAAUAGAAGGAAAUGCUUAGGGCCUUGGUUAUGUUGAACUUGUAAAUUGUAAUGUGAUCUGAGGAUCUCUCUGAACUUAAAUUUGUGAAGAGAGGGGCUUAUGAUUCACUAAAGGCGAAUUUCACAAUUCAAAUGGCUGUGUUUCUUUAGAACAGCCUUCUUAACCCUAA